AUGAAAUUAAUAAGGCUGCAAGGAUGCUGUUGUUUGGAUUUAAGGUCCGGAACUUUGUGCAUCGGGAUUGUUUUUCUGAUCGGCCAAAUGAUAUCCGUUGUCCAAAGCGUGGUGCGGAACAACAAGCUGACUUGCGUCGGAGUUCCAGACCCUUUAGCGUGCCAGCGGUCGUCAACAAUGGAAGUUGUCUUUACCUUAGUCGGUAACCUAAUGUUCUUUGUCGUUACUGCGAUAAUGCUUGUUGGAUCCACGCGGGAUAAUCACAAAUUAAUGGUACCGUAUUUAGUUCUCAGAGGAACAGGAAUUAUUCUGCUCUUUGCCACGCUUUGGUACAUCGGAGUCAAGUACUUGCUGACGCUAGUCGGUUGGGGCCUCACUAUCUUAAUUUUUGGGAACGCUUUCAUCUGUCUGGAGAUUUAUUUGUGGCUGGUGGUCAACAGUCGGAAGCUUGAGAUCCAAUAUGACGACUAUUAG